GAUUAUUGUUGCCAGUUGCUCCAAAACGCACAAAACGCAUCGUUAGCAGCGCCGAACACAACAUUAGGAACACAGUUGAAUGCAUUGGCAACAUUACUGCAGUCGAGUGGUCAACCGAAUGUUCUCAGUCUGCUCGGAAAUGGGUUGGGUUGGGGUGGAAUCGCGGGCUUACGAUUACAGUUAGGGGCCUUCGAAACUCUGCGACAGAGUGGGCCCCUAAGAGCUCGUAAUUGCUCGCGGAUACCCGAUCCAACGUUUACCUAG